UUCAAUGUCUCUUGGAAUCUAAUCAACAACACUUUUUAUUCUGUUGAUGAGUAUCUAAGAGCAAACUUGCAGUAGCUGUAUUGUAUGUCAGUAGAGAGUUCUAAUAAUUCAUCAACUGUAGACUCACUAUUUGUUUAUAUAUUUAUCUUUUUGGGAGGGAGGAAAAUCCUUAAUGGAGUUCCACAAAGUUUAAUCGUGGGUACUCGGUUGUUUCUUGUGUAUUUAAUGCACAUCGAUCAGACUGUUAUUUUUGCAGACACACUAGUAUUAUAAUUAGUCCCAAAAGAUAGACAGCAACAGUUAUUGUCCAUUUAGCUAAGCUCCAUUUAGCAAGAAGCUGGCAAAUAAAUAGCAGGAUGCCGACUCAGGAUUCUCAUAUCUUCGGGCAAUAAUGCCAUGUGGCAGUUAGUCAACAUGAUGACAUCCUUAAUAAAUUUAGUGGAAAAGAUAGUAGACUUUGAAUGAACACAUUGUAUGCAGUUCUCGUUAUGAUUAAUCCAUGCAUAUUUGUUUCCUGUAAAAUAACCCACCAAUUUUGUUACUUUAUGGAUACUAGCAGCUGCAUGGUGUAAACAUCUGGGUUGUACACAGGUAUCUACCAGGGUAAUUUCUCUCAUCUUUAUUAACCUGUAGUUAAGGACCACUUUCCAACUGUCAACAGCUAUUUUUUGCAGCAAUAUCUGAUGGUGUGAUUGUUAAUUUAGAGAUCUUUUGUAAUUGGAUCUUAUUUUCAUUAUCAUGUAUGUGAGCAUUUGACAAACAUCACAUCUAUGAACUGCAUUUCAUAUUAAGGUCAGUAACAUUAAUUUAUGUCAAAUAUAUAGUUGAUUAAGAUAUAGAGCAGUCAGUAGCUGUCAUAUUAAUUUCAACUGAUCACCGUAAGAGAUUCUUCUAUUGGAGAUGAUAUGCUCCUGCCUUUGUCUGACCUGCCAGCUAUCUAUUAACCAUCAUCCUUCACUGUUGCGUUUUGAUCCAUUAUAUACGUUGUUAGUACACCGGAUACAGGUAAGUCAAGAGCAGUUUAAUGAUGUAUCGAAGGCACUGGGCAGCUCUGCAUGUUAUACGUUCAAAAAGCAUUGCUCUUUGUCCAUCUGAUAAUUGGUGACAAUAAGUUAAAAUGCUCGACCUUGGAUUCAAAAAAUUGAUGUGGUAUAAAUACAACAGCCAAUACAGGUUAUACGCAGUUUUCAGUACCAGUUCAGCAACAGUGUUUGUUCAUGAGCCUAGAUUUUAAAAUCGUUACUUUAAGUACAUAUCGAAUCAUCGAUUAAUGCGCAAUGCUGGUACAAUCAGCAUGACUACAGAGAAGUGCAAGUGGAGCGAUGUUUUGAUGGAUUCUCUGCUGCAUUACGACGGAACAGGAACUGACGUCCGUCGAUGUCAGCUGACGUAAAACACGAUUUUUUUGGUAGCACUUAGCCGCUUUCGUCUCAGCGUGCAAGCCUUUCGUCUGACAACAGACGCGGCCGGGCGACGCUAUACGAGCAACGUGGUGCCACCUGUGAGGCAAUGUAAGAAGCGAGUGCCGCGCCGGUGAGUCGUCGAACGGUUGCCACCACAACUGCCGGGUCUUCCGCUGGGCGCGAUGCGCUGCGCUUCCCCUCUCCGUGUCUCCACAGGAAACGUGAUAUCAUAAGCUCGAAGACGCAAGAAAUCGUCGUGACAGUGCAGCCGGUACCGCGCCCCAGAGCAAAAACAACUGCGUGUGCCAAAGCUUGCCGUAAGAAGUGCCGCGGAAUCUGUCGCCGCACUGCCGGCCACGAGUUGUUUUGUGUUCGACAGGGUGCGUCCCUCACCGCAGCCGUCGCUUCAGCUUCGCUUGUUGACAGCGUGGUCAUUUAUUCGUGUUUUUGUGUGGCGGGUGGCGGCCAACAGCUGAGAGCUUUGGCGCGUACCGUUCAAACUGUUAACUAGGCUUUUGGUCGCCUACACGGCCUACAAUACACGAUAAUCAGCUUUUGAGACAUGCUUACGAGAAGCAAACAAGCUGCGCUCCAAGAAAUCCGCAGGUGGACCAUAGAAGACGUCCUAGCAGUACUAGAGAAGAAUGGCCUGGGGGACUGCGCUGAUGUAAUCAGAAAGAGAGAAGUUGUUGGCGAGAUGUUACUGCAACUAACUGAGGGGAAGCUGGCACUCUGGAAACGAGAUAUAAAUCAAAGCAAAAUUCGAGCACUGGCAGCGUUUGUAGAUGAUCUGAAAAUGCAUCCAGAGAAAUACUUACUGAAGGAAAAUUGUUCUUAUGAUUCUGAGCAUUUUCCUGAGAGAGGUGUCUCACCAAGUCAUGUCCACUGUAACUCAGCAGGAAGCAACACAACACCAUGGGUACAUGAUAAAGAGCAAAAGCUUAAGGUUGCUGCAGCAUUUCUUUCAGAGGUGAUUUCUCAUUCUGGAAUGGUUGAUGAUAAGGGCCAUGGUGAUCUGUUGCCUUCACACAGAUUAAAACCACCUGAUAAACCACCGUCCCUCUCUUGGCCAAAGAAUUUUCAAGCAGGAGUAUUGAAGGUGACAGCCAGCAAAGUGUUCCCACCAAAGCCAUCAAACCAUUCACCUUAUGAAACAACACAUUUUCCUGCUAGAGAUUGUGGGACAAGCAAUGCGCCUACUGACAUCUCAGAGAAUAACACUGUGUCGCAGGAUCCCAAAUCUGAAGAAGAUAAGGAGAAAAUUAUGAAGAGAGCCGCAUCACCAUCUACAAGAAGUGUUUCACAAUUGGAAGCAUAUGCCAAUAGGAGCCAUGCAGAAUCAUUGCUUCAAGAUGGAGUGAAGUGUCCUAAUAAACCAGCACUUCUCAGGAAACCAGUUAAUUUCAGACCUAAUGCAAGUGCACUGCAUGACAAAGCAUCUCAUCUAAAGUCGCAAGAUAAACACAAUAGUAAACCCAAGAGUUUUCCUGCCAGAGAUGUCCAGCCCAGUGACACAACUUCUAGUUCCUCAAGCAGUGAUUCAGUGACACAGAACGUGGCUCCUGGAAAUAAGCAAGAGCAAACUGUUCAGGAGGCUGCACCAGUAACUUUAGGAAACAUGUCACAGUCUGAAGCAACUGGUGUCAGUAGCCAAAUGGAUUCGCUUCCUCCAGAUGGACUCAAAUCACCUGAGAAAUCACCUGCUUUGAGGUAUCUGAAGGAAACAAAAGCUGAUCAAGCAGAUACAACACACAAGAAAGAACUUCUUCCUAAACCACCAAGCCACCCGAAUUUACCACUGAGGGGCGUCCUAUCCAGCUCUUCUGGUAGUGAUACCGCUUCAUGGGAUACAGAUUUUGAAGAUGCUGAACCACCAGAGGACAUUGCAUCUGUAUGCUCAAAAAGAAUGUCACCAUAUGAAGCAGUUAGCAGCAGUCAAGCAGAUGUAGGACAUCCAGGUGAAGUGACAUCUCUUGAGAAAUCACCACUUUGCAGUCAAGCUGAUGUUACAAGUUCCCCAUCUGAUGAAAUGCUUCUGCCAAAGCCACCAAGUCAAUCGAGUGAAAUUAUAAGCACUGUCAACAUUGGUGCCAUUGAAGCUAAAAUCUGGGCAGAACAGCUGGAUGAAGAAUUUUAUGAAAGCCUCGAUGGAGAAAAUAUUGCUGAUGUCGCAGCACUAAGGGCAGCUGUGCUAAACCAAAGUAAUGAAAAAAAAUCUGGAAGGAAAAAUGUAUCAAGUCCAAUGCAGACCGAUAAAAUCAGAGCAGAAAAUAACCAUCAAAAUGGUAUUUCUUGUACCGAAAGUGUGACUACAACUUGUGCCAAAAGAGCUUCAUUGCCUCCCAUUAAUGAUAUAAGAGAAAAUCAUGAGGCAGUUCGAUCUGAGUCACCUCCUACACCACCUCCUAGAAAUCCAACAAUGAAACUCAAUGAGGCUGAUGCAGUUAUGAACAGAUUGCAUUCUUCAUCGAGUUCAUUACGGGAAGAAUCUCUUCGUCAAAGAAACCACUUUGUUCAUUCGCCAGAAACAGGCAGUGCAGCCACUUCACACCAGUCUUCAAUGACUUCGCUUAACAAUCUGAACACAGGGUCAACAAGGAAUUCAUACCUUCACUUUUCACAGAACAACCUUACAUUUUCUGACCCAGAUCCAGAUGCAGAGUAUGAAAUAUUAGAUAACAGAGCACGCGUCACAUCUGAUGCAGAUAGUAUACUUUCUGAAGUCUAUGAAUCCAUUAAAGAACAGGGACCUAGAAAUGGAGUGGAUGAAGAUGGAUACUAUCUCCAACCAGAUCCCAGACUACCUUCAAAGAAUGAUGAAAGUUCAUCAGAUGAUUCUCGACAUUUGCCUCUGCCACCCAAAUCCAAAACAACGUUGCCGGAUGUUGUGCUUCCAUCAGCACCACCACCUUCACCACCAAGGAAAAAAUCGGAGGACAGUUCCAGUUCAACUACAAGUGGUUCUGGGGAUAGUAUGAGUGGUCGUCUGGGAGGCCUCUUCAGGAAGGUCAUUUCUCGGCCACAACCAUUGUUGCCAGAUCACUCAGAGAAAGCAUCAUCAGCCACCCCAGAACUGAAGAAACCUUGUAGCUUGCCACCUCCUACAACUAGGCCACCACCACCUGUGGAACAGCGUUCGUCAGCAUUCCAGAGACCUUUGCCUCCCACACCUGAGGGAAAGAAAUUUCAGCUACCCAGUCCUGACAAAAGUCACAAUAUCACACCUCAUCAAACAACACCAGUAUCAUUCAGGCAAAUGCCAUGGUUCCAUAACAUCGACAGACAGAGAGCAGAAGAGCUGUUACGCAAUGGUGAGGAUGGAUGUUUUGUUGUAAGGCCAUCAACUCAGACAUCAAACCCUUUAACAUUGACUCUGUGGUACAAAAACCGUAUUUUCAACAUUUGUAUCAGACAUAGAAAAGAUGGAAAAUAUGCUCUUGGCACUGAGAAAAUAAAUGAACAGAGCUUUGACUCCAUUGAAGAAAUGGUUACCAAUUACCAGUCUGAAAAACUUGUGCUGUACAGUGCGGGAGAAAGAGCAGGCAAGGUACUGCUUACUAAUUCCCCAAGAAGAAGUUCAUGAAGAUUCUAGAUGUGAUGUUUGGCUCCCAGUCACAUUCCAAAGUGGCUUGUCAGCUGAAUACUUCAUGAUUUGAUUUUUCUUAUAUCAUUUACACAGUUAAUUCCUGGACAUUAUUUUAUAUAGAAUGACUGUGAAUACUGUAAUAUUGUAAAAAAUUGUCAGUAACUGUGAUAACUCUGUAUAAAUACUACUGCUGCAAUAUUUUGUUCUUAAAAAUUAAAAGUAUGCUCAAGUUCUGUUGUCUGUAGUUAUUAUAUAAUGUGAAAUCCAUUCAUUAUACAUAAAAUAACAGUACUUUCACUGUGUAAUUAAAUAAUAUAUUUUGAGAAAUAAAGUUGUUAUUAAGUUAGAAUCCUGCGGCAAUGUACAAAGUAGUUACUUGAACAAAAAGGCAAUACUUCAUUGAGAGAUUUGUUUAUGUGAUACAUUUCUCAGUAUUAAAAUCAACAAUGACUGAAACGUUAAGUGGAAAAUGUAAAUCCACCUUAAAACUGUAUGUGAAGACACAAUUAUGUUAUUUAUUUGUGGGUAUCAUGUAUUUUGAAAAUGCAUUCAGAUUACUGUUAUUAAUGAACUUGUAUGUACUGGAGAAUAUUCAUUAGGUAUGGUAUUUUAUUUCAUAUGUAGAUGAAUAUAAAUGAUAGAUUAUAAAAUUAUUUUCUGAUUUAAUUUUUAGAAUAUUUGUAAAGUUGUGUCAGAACUGUUUUAUUUAGUUAUAGUCUUACAUUUGUUUCUACCAUAGAUUUAAAACAAAUCAUGGGCUAUCAAACAAUCUUUAAUAAAUUACAGUACCUAGACUUACACGAAGUCUCCCAUGGAGAAUAUUUUUAACAGUAUCUGUUUAUAUAAGAGGAGGCUAUUUGUACACAGUUAGACCUUCUGAGAAUAAAUCAAAUGUGAAUGACAACAUUUA